UAACAAUAAAAUUAAUUUGUUCCAAAUACUUGAACAUAUGUCACUCACAUUUUUGUCAAAGGCAAACCAAGCAGGGAGUAGUUCAGCUAUGGAGGCUCUUGGUCACCAAAAGGCCAUGUCAUUUCUCCUUACAACUGGCCUAAUAAUAACAACAUUCGUAUCAGAUCGACAUGCCACCAUAGCCAAAUGGAUGAGGGAAACAUGUCCAAAACUGUGCAAAGAAUUGAGGGAAACAUGUCCAAAACAGCAUUUCUAUGACCUGUGGCACAUUGGAAAAAAGAUUCAGAAGAUCAUGAUUACAUUGGCAAAAGAAAAAGACUGCCAAAUCCUAGGAAGAUGGAGAAAAGCAUGCGUACAACAUUUCUAUUGGGCUGCUACAUCUACUUUAUCUGGAAUUGGAGAAGUUAAAUGGGCCAAAUUUGAAUCUUUUUUCUAUCACAUUUUGAAUAAACACAAAGACUUCCCAAAUAAGAUUUACAGCAGAUGCAGUCACAGUGAUGUCCUAAAGCCAAGAGUGUGGUUAACAAAGGGAUCUGUUGCUUAUGAAAAGUUGAAAGAUGCACUUACCAAAAAGAAACUUGUUAAAGCUAUCAAACAAGCAUCUUCUGUUGCCCAGACCAGCUGUUUGGAGGGAUACCAUUCAGUUGUUAAUCAUUUCGCACCAAAAAUGAUUCAUUUCUCUUAUUCUGGCAUGUAUUGCAGGUCCAUCUUAGCAGCAUUACAUUUCAACUUUAAUUUGCGGAGGGCUAGCAAGACUACACUUGAUGGCGAAACUCGUCUUCGGUUCACAUAUACAAAGUAUAAGGAGGGAGAAGGAACUGUACGAAAUGUUAGGGUGAAGCAAGACUUCUGUGAGUUUAAUUGAUGAGCAUGAGAAAUUAAAUGCAUGUGUUGUAUUUACAAAACAC